GACCAAUGCAGAAGUGGCUUGCAGUAUCGGUCACAAGAUAAUUGGGGAUUUUAGAACCUGCGUGACUUCUGUUCUGUCUCUUCCACUAGAACGCUUAAAUAAAACCCAGUCGCAGACAGUACUGGUAUUACUGAGACCAUUUUUGAAGAAUGGCCAUCUCAGCAUUCCCGAUGUUGGUUGGUACAGCUCUCCUACUUCUGCUAUCAUCGUCCAGCUUAGCCAAGGACUCCAACGCCACUGUGCCACUGGUGAUCUGGCAUGGCAUGGGUGACAACUGCUGCAACCCACUCAGCAUGGGUUCCAUUAAGAAGAUGGUGGAGCGGGAGGUGUCAGGCAUCUACGUGAUCUCCCUCAUGAUCGGGAAGUCGGUUAUACAGGACACAGAAAAUGGCUUCUUCAUGGAUGUGAACGAGCAGGUGGCAUUUGUAUGUGACCAACUGGCUCAGGACCCCAAACUGAAGGAUGGCUACAACGCCAUGGGCUUCUCUCAGGGAGGGCAGUUCCUGAGGGCAGUGGCCCAGAGAUGUCCGUCUCCUCCCAUGAAGAACCUGAUCUCAGUGGGAGGGCAGCAACAGGGAGUCUAUGGUCUUCCUCGAUGCCCAGGGGAGACCUCCCACCUCUGUGACUGGAUCCGCAAGCAGCUCAACUCUGGGGCCUAUACAGACCUUGUGCAGAAACAUUUAGUGCAGGCUCAAUACUGGCACGACCCUCUCAGUGAUGACCUCUAUAAGAAACACAGUCUCUUCCUUGCCGACAUCAACCAGGAGAGGGUGCUGAAUGAGACCUACAAGAAGAACCUGAUGGCUCUGGAGAAAUUUGUCAUGGUCAAGUUCCUGAAGGACUCCGUAGUGGACCCAGUGGUCACUGAGUGGUUUGGAUUCCUAAAGACAGGCCAAGCUGUGGAGACCGAGACUCUACAGGAGAGUGCACUUUAUACGGAGGACCGUCUCGGGCUGGCACAGAUGGAGAAGGAUGGGAAGCUGGUGUUCCUGGAGAGCGAUGGAGACCACCUGCAGUUCACCGACGAGUGGUUCAAAGCCAAAAUCCUACCCUACCUGCUCUGAACCCACUCAUAUAUAUAUGCUCACGCACACACACGCACGCACACAUACAUCUCUUGCUGUCAUAAGACUCCAGUUGCCAGUUGCACAUUCUGAUUCUCACUCUCAGUGAACGAGUGACUUUAAGUUCGAUCUUUUACGUCUCUAUACGUGACUCCUGUUACCAGCGGUAUGCACACUAUACAGGUUUUAAUUGCACUGAAUCCUAGCCAAGAGUUUGGGGUCUGCUCUGUUAAUUUGCUGGGCUCCCAACAAUCAUGUUGUUUCUUAAUUGAUAUACUCAACUAAGCUAACAUGUUGAUUAUGCUAGCAUUAUUUUUAUGGUAAUGAAAUUCUUUGCGGGAAAUGUAUUUUCUUCUAAUAAAUUACCCUGACUCCUA